CCUCCGAGCUCCCGGAGCGCGCCUUGCGCCCAGGGCUGGGCGGCAGGUGCUUUGCCGCGCAGACUCCCGGGCCGCGGGGACCGACUUGGGCUCGGCUGGCUCUGGCGGGUGGGGACGCGGUGCGCGUUGCCCAUCGGCCGCACUGGCCCCCUGGUACGCCGCGAGGGGCGUGUACCCAAGCCGCGCACUGGCGGGCUCCAUGUUCACCGAGCUGAGGUCAAAGCUGAGCCCCCCGCGAGCUCGCGCCGGGGCUGUGCGUACAGGCUUCGGGGAGCGCCCGGAUGUGGACGCCACUGCCCAUUUCAGCUUCUGCCAGACCCUCCUAGAACACACAGUAUCAGCUGAGAACAUACCCUGCCACCUGCCUCGGACACCAGGCACCAGCCUCACCUGGCAUGACUCCCGUAGCCAGAGGGCAUCCAGCAGCAGGCCAGUCAAGCUUCUUCAGCAACCAGGCUCAGAGACCCCCCAGGCUCGGCUGUAUUCUGAUCACUAUGGCUUGUACCAUACAAGCCCUUCACUGGGCGGCCUGACAAGGCCAGUGGUCUUGUGGAGCCAGCAGGACGUUUGCAAGUGGCUCAAGAAGCAUUGUCCUCACAACUACCUCGUCUAUGUCGAGGCCUUCUCCCAGCAUGCCAUCACUGGCCGAGCCCUGCUUCGACUGAAUGCAGAUAAGCUGCAGAGAAUGGGGUUGACCCAAGAGGCCCAGAGGCAGGAGGUGCUGCAGCAGGUACUGCACCUGCAGGUGCGCGAGGAGGGGCGGAGCCUGCAGCUGCUCAGCCAAGCUUCCUUCGGAAACAUGUCCUAGCUGCUGCUUAGACUUGGACCCCAGACCCCAACACUGUGACCAGAGCCCACAGCCAAGGAUGAGGCAGAGCUGGCCCUACAGCCCCUUUGGAUCCUAGUGGCUAAACCUAGCCCAGUGAACAGGGAGGGGCAGGACUACCACCUCCAGGUUCCUCUGGAGAGGCACUAUAGGUUCUGCCCUGUGGCUGGGUGGGUGGUCGCUGCCUGCUUGAAGACCCUUCUUCUGGGAUCCAAGCCCAGGUCCACCCCCUGGUGCUGCUGGCAGCAAACAGGGCAGCUGCCUGGAGUGAGAGUGGGGUUUGAAUGUCCCCAGACUCCCAGGGAGUCUGUUUAUUUAUGCUCCCUCCAACAUGUGACCAUCCCCCAUCUUCUGAGUCAUGAGUUCCCUCCCCCCCUUAAGUCUUUUAAUUCUCUUUUCCCCAGGCACCUCCAGGUCAGCUACACAGCGGGACAAGCUUGCUUGGCUCUCUUUCUGGUGUAUCCCUUCCCUAACCCUCUCAGAGUACAGCAGGUUCAACCUGUUGUCCACAGUGAUGGUCAUCAGCCCAGCUAGGUAUCAGGCCAUGUGCUUCACUCAGUGGUUACAAAACUUCAGCUUACCCUAUCCACUCAUGUGAUCUGAAGUUGAAAGGGGUCCAAGAUGCUCAAGCUCCAAAGCUAGUAUGUGGCACAACACGGACUCCAGUGCUGCACAGGCAACUCCAUGCACAGCCCACCAGUUCAGCAAUGUUCUCAACCUUACCUUUGAAGAAGUCUUGCUCUUAAGCAUCUUCCCUAUUCCCUGGCUCUUAGAGACCAUCUUGAAGAAACGUGUGUGUGUGUGUGUGUGUGUGUGUGUGUGUGUGUGUGUGUGUGUGUGUGUACACCUCUGUGGCUCUCCCAAGAAAAUAUGUAUUUAUAAUUUUUCCAAGAAAAUUAUGUAGGGCUGUUCCUCUCAUGUGUCACCAGAUACCUGAACAACCCUCCCUUGGGUAUUUGUGGGCUGGUGCUGCCAAGAAGGACAGUGAGGAUGCCCCUGGCAGCUCACUCGCACUCUGCCCUCUACUAACUUUCCCAGGGACUCUAAAAUCUCAGGGACAGUUGAGGCUCAGCCUCCAGUCCCCUCUGUGUGCCAGAAGCUGGCCUCAAUUCAAGGUUGCUCAUUACAGUUAAUUUGGGCCACUGACCUGGCAUCUCCCAUCCUGUAUGCCCUCUACCCAUGGAAGGACCACAUUGUUGUGUCUGCCUGCCUUUAGAGUUCCCCAGUCCUUGUUCCUGCAACCAGAGGGCUCUCUCAGCCUCCUUUCUCUCCCCUCUGUCUUUUCUACCCUAUGCUCCUGUCCUGUCUUCCUUGGUUUUUGGUCACUUUUUUAUACUCUGACCAGAAAAAAAAAAAAAAAAUCAGAAAUAAAUCUGGUUCUCAAAUGCCACCAGUGUUGGAUCUCUGAGGAGCAAAGGGGUGUUUAGGACAAUGUCUACAGGUAGAACCACUAGAGGGCAAUAGUGUUACAUUCUGGAGACACUACUUGGUAACUCCAAGACCCCAGGGCAAACAAGAUCUUAGGUAGAGAUCCUGAGGAUGUUACCCCAGUUGGGACACAAGAGCCCUGACAUACUCAGAACAACAGCUUAGGUACAUGGAAUGAGGCUGUCUGGAGCUGCUCUAACAAUGGAUUCCUUUGGUUCAUGGUCUGGGAGUAUAGCUCAAUAAUAUUGAACAUGGUUUGUGACCCUGAGCUAGGUUUGAUCCUCAGCACAGAGACAGAAACAGAGGUCCUCUAAAAGUAGAGAAGAAUCCUUAUCUAUUUUACUUGCUUAAUGGCCAGUAUAUUCCUGGGCUCAAGGCUACAUCAUUAAUCUAUUUCUGUGAUCAUUCUCUUCUGGCUCUUACAUAUCUCCUUUAUAUUUAGAGUCCAUUUGGGUGAUCCAGAUAGAUCUCAAGAACUUUAGUCAUAUCUACAAAGACCUGUUUUUCCAAAUAAAAUAUCACUGCAGGUUCAGGAAUUUAUCUGUUGGGGCUCACUUUUCAGCCAGGCUCUGACAUACAUAGCUCAUGAAGCACACACCCUGAACAUAGCAAUCAGACAUACAAA